UUGCUAGUGAGAGGGGGGAGGGUGAUUUAUGCGGAUAACUCAUUUUAGAGAGAGAAAGUCUGACAGUCCGAACUCAUUUUAGAGAGAAAAAGUCUCAAGUUCGGAUAACUCAUUUUUGAGAGGGGGAGUCCCAAGUUCUGUGGAGCGUAGCUUUCGAGUUACAAUGUGGAGGAGAGAGAAAUAGGCAGAGAGAGAGAAGGGCAUGGCGCUUCUUCGCCUUUUGCCAUCACUUCUCUCCACCUUAUCUCAUCAUCCUCCUCCUCCUCCCUUCUUCGUUUCUCCAUCUCCACCCACCUUUCGCCUCACUUCACUUUCUCUCUCUUCUGCUUCUUCAAUUCCUUCCCUUUCUCUCUCUUCUCCCUCUCUUCCAUGUCUCUCAUCCCAUGAACCCCAAGAUGACGCAUUUCUCGGCCAAUUCCAAUUACAUGAAAACGAAGAUGACACACUCUCUCCUCUGCAACCUCAACAACAAGUAAAAGGUCGUCUAGAGACUUUAAGGGGAAGCCAUGGUCAUGGGGCCUUGCUCCAAUUGAGUAUUAAAGAGAAGAAGGAGCUUGCUUCUUAUGCACAUUCACUCGGAAAGAAGCUCAAAUCUCAACAGGUUGGGAAAUCUGGGGUGACACCUGCAGUGGCAGCCUCGUUCAUAGAGACACUAGAGGCCAAUGAGGUCUUGAAGCUCAAAAUACAUGGAAGUUGCCCAGGAGAACUAAAUGAUGUGAUUAAACAAUUGGAAGAAUCAACUGGGUCUGUGGCAAUUGGACAAAUUGGUCGAGCAGUGAUUCUUUAUAGGCCGAGUCUUAGCAAACUGAAGGCAGCUGAGAAGAAGCACCAAGAUAAGAUAACUAGAAGAGGGCGAAUCCUGAAAGCUAGUGACAGUAGUGAAAAAUCUUGGUCUCGGAAAUUUCAUAGUGAGCCUAGAACAGUGCCUAAAUUAUCUGGCCGAGGCCGUAGAGGAAGCAGCCGUUUUAUUUCGACAUUCUGAUAUUUGCCAGUGAUACAUGCCAUCUUCCAUAUGCUUCAUGAUGUAUGUUGUUGCCAGUUUUAACUGCAAAAAUGAACCAUUUCUAUCAUAAGACCUGAUAAUGCAUUUGGGGUGCUCCCUGUUCUUCUUCUUCUUCUUUGUUAUCUGGUGAGACUGGCAAAAGUGUUGGUAGGGUUUAUUGGGGAAUCUAAUGACCCUAGUUUUGCUCGGGUUUUUUGGGGAGCAGCAUUUUGAGAGGCUAUUUUUAAGUUCACCCCACUUUGAUGGAAUUAUGUAGAAUCUUGUAAACAAUAGGUUUGUGAGAAAGCUGUCUUUUGGUCUGCCAAUCAAAGACAAAAGCUGUAUUUUGUAUUGUUUUUGUAUCGUUGUUCAAGAGAAUUGGGAUUGCAUUUGCAUUC